AUGUCAAACGCAACGCAAGAAGCAUUGGCACAACUUAAGCAGACUUUGGAGCUGCUAACUUUGCAACAACAGUCCGGAUUGACCAACUCUAAGGGCCAAACGACGCAGAAUGAAUUGAACGAUGUAACUCACAAUUCUGCUCAACAAAGCAAGGAUUAUUUCAAAGAGUGUAGCCAAAACUACCUUGAUUUCACCUACGAAAGCCCUACCAUCUAUCAUGUUGUGGAAUAUUUCUCCAAAAAGCUAGACGAAGCCGGGUUUACUUAUCUGAGCGAAAAAGCUGCUUGGAACGAGGUGAAAGGUGGAAAAUACUACACCGUCAGAAACGGCACCAGUUUGGCAGCUUUCGUGGUGGACGAAGACUGGAAAAGCGAGUCCGGCGUGGGGGCCAUUGGGUCGCACAUCGAUGCCCUAUGCGUUAAAUUGAAGCCCGUUUCUCAAAAGGACAAUGUGGAAGGUUUCCAAUUACUGGGCGUAGCUCCUUAUGGCGGGACUUUGAACACUUACUGGUUCGACAGAGACCUUGGAAUUGGCGGAAGAGUUCUGGUCAAAGACGAGUCCACGGGCAAAAUCGAAUCCAGGCUUAUUAAUUCGUCGCCCCAGCCAAUCGCCAAAAUCCCCUCUUUAGCUGUGCAUUUCGGUGAGCCCGCGAUUGGACCUUUCGAUAAAGAGGACCAGGCAGUACCAGUGAUUGGAUACGGCUCUGUUGAUGAAGAGGAGGAGGAAAAGCAAGCAGGCGAUUUGGAAGACGAGUCCCAAUGCCCUCUCUACGGAAAGCACCCCAUCGGUCUGCUAAGGUUCAUCGCGGGACUGACCCAGGUCAAAGUAAGCCAGAUUGUACAGCUCGACCUGGAUCUGUUUGACGUCCAGAAGGGGACUUUUGGGGGUCUGAAGAACGAAUUUUUGUUUGCGCCCCGUAUCGAUGACCGCAUUUGCAGUUUCUCCGCUAUUCAAGCCUUGAUUGAUUUUGCCAAAGAAGGCUCCAUUCCAUCGGGUGCCUUCAACGUUGUAACUUUGUAUGACAACGAGGAAGUGGGCUCACUGUCAAGACAAGGUGCGAAAGGUGGCCUCUUGGAGAGCGUGGUGCAAAGAGUGGCUGCCAAUCUGCAUGGCGACCACCCCUCAAUUGUGCGUACCGCUUUCGCGAAUUCGAUUGUCUUAUCCGCUGAUGUGAACCACAUGUUCAACCCCAACUUCAAAUCAGUGUAUAUGGAACACCACAGACCCAAGCCCAACGUUGGAGUGACUCUUUCGCUGGAUUCGAACCUCCACAUGUCGACCGAUGUGGUUGGCGUUGCCCUCGCCGAAGAACUAGCCAGGAUCAACGGUGACAAAAUUCAGUACUUCCAGAUCAAGAAUAACUCUAGAUCGGGUGGAACAAUUGGUCCAUCAAUUGCCUCCCAGACUGGUGCUAGGACCAUCGAUCUAGGUAUUGCCCAGUUGGCUAUGCACAGCAUUAGAGCAGUAACAGGUUCCAAAGAUGUCGGGCUGGCCAUCAAGUUCUUCAAGGGAUUUUUCACUAACUGGAGAUCUGUUUACGACAAAUUUGGCGAUCUUUGA